AUGAGGGUGUCUCUGCCUCUCGUCUCCUUUGGACUGACCAUCAAGGAGACCGCAUCCAGCAUCUUAGUGCAGACCAAACUGGGAGUCCAAGUGGUGUGGAACCUGGACAACUCCCUGGACAUUGAACUCGACAACAAGUACAAGAGUCUGACAUGCGGACUGUGUGGAAACUUUGAUGGCGUCAACAACGAGUUCAUGAAAGAUGGAAGAACUAUCUCUGUUCGGGACUACGCUGACAGUCACAGGGUCAGCGGACCAGCUGAGGACUGUGAGGAGCAAGACCUGGUGCUGGACCUCGCCCAAGACUGUGGAGAACAGAUUCUGUGUGAGCAGAUCUUCUCCAGCGCUCCCUUCAGCAGCUGUCAGAAUCAUCUGGACGUGGACGCCUUCAUCAGAGCGUGCAUGUCCGACACAUGCAACUUGUCCCACGACGCCAGGGACUCGUCCCUCUGUCAGACCAUCUCAGAAUUCUCCAGACAGUGCGUCCACGCAGGCGGCGAGCCGGGAACAUGGAGGAACGCCACCUUCUGCCACAGGAAGUGUCCGUCCAGCAUGGAGUUCUUGGAGUGCAGCAGCUCGUGCCCCGACAGCUGCAGCAACCCUGAGGCCGGCCGCACGUGUGACACCCACUGUCACGAUGCGUGCGGCUGCCCCCCAGGCACGGUGCUGGAUGAUGUCAGUGACUCGGGCUGCAUUCCCGCUGACCAGUGUCCGUGUCUGCACAACAACCACGUGUACCAGUCGGCGCAGUCCUUCUCCUACAACUGCAGAACAUGUGUGUGCGAGAGCGGUCACUGGAGGUGCACGGAGGACAACUGUCCCGGGAGAUGCUCCUUGGAGGGCGGGGCCCACAUCACCACCUUUGAUGGCAAAGCGUACACCUUCCACGGAAACUGCACCUACGUCUUGGCUACGGCAAGCAACGGCUCCUUGUACACGGCGCUGGUGGACCUGGUCCAGUGUGGUCUGACGGACAGUCGGACCUGCCUCCAAGGGGUGACACUGGCCUUGAACAGCAAGUCUGUGGUGCGUUCUCGUCAAGCCAACACUGUGACGGGCCCGCUGCUGUCCUCGUUACCUUUACUGUCGCUGCUUUCUGCUCGUGGACAGGUUGUUAAGAUUCACGCUUCUGGACGAGUCUUUGUCAACCACAUCCUCGCUCAGCUGCCUCUCUUCACAUUGGCCGUUUUAAUGAAGGCCGAUGCACAGAGUGAACUCUCUUCGUGCCUGUUUGGAUGUGGGAGACGAGGAAAACAGACACAAUAUAUUAAGGUCGGCAAAAUGAUCGAGUUCAUUUUCCUUUAUUGUGUGAUUAAUUUUAUUUAUUGUCGUCCCAGGCCUAGUGGCCACCAGACUUUUUUUUUCCUGAACAUGUUUGUGUUUUGUGUUCGGGCUGCAGCGGAGGUGAGCAUCUUCAGGCCAUCCUCCUUCUACGUCUUCAUCAGCACCAAGGCGGGCCUGAGGGUGGUGGUCCAGCUGUCCCCCUUGAUGCAGGUCUUCCUCUCAGCCCCCACCUCACUGAAAGGAAGCACUUCAGGUUUGUGCGGCAACUUCAACAACAUCAUGAGUGACGACUUCCGGGUGAUGAGCGGCCUGGUGGAGGGCACAGCCGCCGCCUUCGCCAACACCUGGAAAACCAGAGGCAGCUGCUCGGAUGUCAAGACGCGCUUCGGACACCCGUGUGGUCACGGCAUCAGCAAAGAGAGCUACGCUCAGCACUGGUGCUCCAAGCUUACCGACCCCAGAUCAGCCUUUGCCGCCUGCCACUUCGUCAUUAGCCCCAACACGUUCAAAGACAACUGCAUGUAUGACACCUGCAACUGUGACGACACCGAGGAGUGCAUGUGUGGCGCCGUGUCCGCCUACGUGUACGCCUGCUCAGCGGCCGGGAUCCAGAUCAGCGAUUGGAGGUCCACCGUCUGUGAACGCUUCUCAUCAUGUCCGGUGGGCACGGUGUACGGAUACAACAUGAGCAGUUGCGCUCGGACCUGCCGCUCCCUCAGCCAGCCCGACUACUCGUGCCAGGCGGGCUUCACGGCGGUGGACGGCUGCGGCUGCUCCGAAGGAAGCUACAUGAACGAGCAAGGAAAGUGCGUGUCCCCCGCCGACUGUCCCUGUUAUGUCCAGGACACCGUCAUUUCUCACGGACAGGUGCUCAGCAGCGAAGGAAGCACAUGCAUCUGCAGACAUGGCGCCCUCAGCUGCUCUGGAGGAAAACCAUCGCAGUUUCUCUGCUUACGUUGACUUUCAGCGCAUGCUUGUGUGGCCCCCAUGGUCUACUUGAACUGCUCCACCGCACCGCCUGGAGCCACGGGCACCGAAUGUGAGAAGAGCUGCAGCACUGUGGAUAUGGCUUGCAUCAGCAGUGGCUGCACCUCAGGCUGCAUGUGUCCUGAGGGUCUGCUGUCUGACGGAGCAGGGGGCUGCAUCAGUGAGUCCAUGUGUCCCUGUGUGCACAACGGACGGGCCUACCAGCCCGGGCACACUCUGAAGGUGGACUGCAACACCUGCUACUGCAAGGGCAGACGGUUCUCGUGCAGCACCGAGGUCUGUGACGCGGUGUGCAGCGUGUAUGGUGACGGUCACUACAUCACCUUUGAUGACAAGAGGUUUGACUUCAGUGGGCAGUGUGGAUACACCCUCCUGCAGGACUACUGUGGAGCUGCUCAGGCCAAUGGAAGCUUCAGGAUUAUCAGUGAGAAUGUUCCAUGCGGAACCACAGGAACAACCUGCUCCAAGUCCAUCAAGAUCUUCCUGGAGGAGGAUGAAUUCCAGCUGAAGGAGGAGAACUUUCAUGUGAUCAAGAGCAGCCGGCGGGUGUCGCCAGCUCGGGUGCACAGUAUGGGUCUUUACUUGGUUGUGACCCUCAAGCCAGGACUUGUGCUCAUGUGGGACAAGAAGACCAGUCUUUUUAUCAAACUGGCACCGCACUUCCAGGGUCACGUCUGCGGUCUGUGCGGCAACUACGACGGCGACAUCAAGAAUGACUUCACCAAACGCUCCCAAGAGGUCGUCACUGACGCGCUGGAGUUUGGGAACAGUUGGAAGGCGUCAUCCAGCUGCCCUGAUGCCCAACUCAUCAAGGACCCCUGUAGCACCAACCGCUACCGAGCAGCCUGGGCCCAGAGACGAUGCAGCAUCAUCAUCAGUGCCACCUUCCAAAGCUGUCACUCACAGGUGGAUCCGGGUCCAUACUACGACGCCUGUGUGAGAGACUCGUGUGCUUGUGACAGCGGUGGCGACUGCGAGUGUUUCUGUACGGCGGUGGCGGCUUACGCCAGAGCUUGCAACGAGGCUGGAGCCUGUGUCUGGUGGAGAACACCCAAACUCUGCCCAAUUUUCUGUGACUACUACAACGCCCCCGCUGGCUGUGCGUGGCACAACAAGCCUUGUGGCGCAGACUGCAUGAAGACGUGUAGGAAUCCUUCUGGGAAUUGCUCCGAUCUCAUCACCGGCCUGGAAGGUUGUUAUCCACAGUGUCCUCCAAGCCAGCCGUACUUUGAUGAAGACACCAUGUCCUGUGUGUCCUGGGAGCAGUGUGGCUGCUACGACAACCACGGCGUUCAUUACAGCGUCUUGGAUGCGGUUCCUGCUGACAACUGUUACACUUGUUCCUGUACAGUCUCUGGAAUACAGUGUAGCUACAAUGGAAACGUGUGCACAUGCUUCAUUAAUGGUAAAAUCUACGCUUAUGGCGCCACCAUCUACAACACCACGGAUGGGCUAGGAAACUGCCUUACGGCGACAUGUGGAGCCAACAACACAAUGAACAGGAAUGUGUAUCCCUGCUUUACAACCAUUAGCCCUGGGCCGCAAACAACACCCUUUACUUUCAUACCAUCACCAACCACAUCUGAAACUACCACUCGACCUGGAGAAACCACGACAGGACAGCAAACAACUGUAGAAAGUGAGACAACAUCACCUGGAUUCACCACUGGGCCAACAACCACUUCUACAACAGUACCUGGCCAAACUACAACCUCUGCACCAGGUGGAUCAACCACGGAAAACACUGGAACAACAUCCCAACCCUCUGUUAGCACCAAGACUACAAAAGUACCAUCACCAACCACAUCUGGAGCGACCACUCGACCUGGAGAAACCACUACAGGACAGCGAACAACUGUAGAAGGUGAGACAACACCACCUGGAUUCACCACUGGGCCAACAACCACUUCUACAACAGUACCUGGCCAAACUACAACCUCUACACCAGGUGGAUCAACAACUACGACGGAAAACACAGGAACAACAUCCAAACCUUCCGUGAGUACCAAGACUACAAAAGUACCAUCACCAACCACAUCUGGAGCAACCACUCGACCUGGAGAAACCACUACAGGACAGCGAACAACUGUAGAAGGUGAGACAACACCACCUGGAUUCACCACUGGGCCAACAACCACUUCUACAACAAUACCUGGCCAAACUACAAUCUCUGCACCAGGUGGAUCAACAACUACUACGGAAAACACAGGAACAACAUCCCAACCUUCCGUGAGUACCAAGACUACAAAAGUACCAUCACAAACCACAUCUGGAGCUACCACUCGACCUGGACAAACCACUACAGAUCAGCAAACAACUGUAGAAGGUGAGACAACACCACCUGGAUUCACCACUGGGUCAACAACCACUUCUACAACAGUACCUGGCCAGACUACAACCUCUGCACCAGGUGGAUCAACAACAACCACGGAAAACACUGGAAUAACAUACCAACCCUCUGUUAGCACCAAGACUACAAACAUACCAUCACCAACCACAUCUGGAGCUACCACUCGACCUGGCACUACGGGACAGCGAACAACUGUAGAAGGUGAGACAACACCACCUGGAUUCACCACUGGGCCAACAACCACUUCUACAACAGUACCUGGCCAAACCUCAACCUCUGCACCAGGUGGAUCAACAACUACUACGGAAAACACAGGAACAACAUCCAAACCUUCCGUGAGUACCAAGACUACAAAAGUACCAUCACCAACCACAUCUGGAGCGACCACUCGACCUGGAGAAACCACUACAGGAAAGCUAACAACUGUAGAAGGUGAGACAACACCACCAGGAUUCACCACUGGGCCAACAACCACUUCUACAACAGUACCUGGCCAAAUUACAACCUCUGCACCAGGUGGAUCAACAACAACCACGGAAAACACUGGAACAACAUCCCAAGUCUCUGUUAGCACCAAGACUACAAAGGUACCAUCACCAACCACAUCUGGAGCUACCACUCGACCUGGAGAAACCACGACAGGACAGCGAACAACUGUAGAAGGUGGGACAACACCACCGGGAUUCACCACUGGGCCAACAACCACUUCCACAACAGUACCUGGCCAGUCUACAACCUCUGCACCAGGUGGAUCAACAACGACUACGGAAAACACAGGAACAACAUCCCAACCUUCCGUGAGUACCAAGACUACAAAUGUACCAUCACCAACCACAUCUGGAGCUACCACUCGACCUGGCACUACAGGACAGCGUACAACUGUAGAAGACUACAACCUCUGCACCAGGUGGAUCAACAACUACUACGGAAAACACAGGAACAACAUCCCAACCUUCCGUGAGUACCAAGACUACGAACGUACCAUCACCACCCACAUCUGGAGCUACCACUCGACCUGGCACUACAGGACAGCGAACAACUGUAGAAGGUGGAUCAACAACUACUACGGAAAACACAGGAACAACAUCCAAACCUUCCGUGAGUACCAAGACUACAAAAGUACCAUCACCAACCACAUCUGGAGCGACCACUCGACCUGGAGAAACCACUACAGGAAAGCUAACAACUGUAGAAGGUGGAUCAACAACUACUACGGAAAACACAGGAACAACAUCCAAACCUUCCGUGAGUACCAAGACUACAAAAGUACCAUCACCAACCACAUCUGGACCGACCACUCGACCUGGAGAAACCACUACAGGAAAGCUAACAACUGUAGAAGGUGGGACAACACCACCUGGAUUCACCACUGGGCCAACAACCACUUCUACAACAAUACCUGGCCAGACUACAACCUCUUCACCAGGUGGAUCAACAACUACUACGGAAAACACUGGAACAACAUUCCAACCCUCCUUGAGUACCAAGACUACAAACGUACCAUCACCAACCACAUCUGGAGCUACCACUCGACCUGGAGAAACCACGACAGGACAGCGAACAACUGUAGAAGGUGGGACAACACCACCUGGAUUCACAACUGGGCCAACAACCACUUCUACAACAGUACCUGGCCAGACUACAACCUCAGCACCAGGUGGAUCAACAACGACUACGGAAAACACAGGAGCAACAUCCCAACCUUCCGUGAGUACCAAGACUACAAACGUACCAUCACCAAACACAUCUGGAGCUACCACUCGACCUGGCACUACAGGACAGCGUACAACUGUAGAAGGUGGAUCAACAACUACUACAGAAAACACAGGAACAACAUCCAAACCUUCCGUGAGUACCAAGACUACAAAAGUACCAUCACCAACCACAUCUGGAGCGACCACUCGACCUGGAGAAACCACUACAGAACAGCGAACAACUGUAGAAGGUGGGACAACACCACCUGGAUUCACAACUGGGCCAACAACCACUUCUACAACAAUACCUGGCCAGACUACAACCUCUGCACCAGGUGGAUCAACAACUACUACGGAAAACACAGGAACAACAUCCCAACCUUCCGUGAGUACCAAGACUACGAACGUACCAUCACCACCCACAUCUGGAGCUACCACUCGACCUGGCACUACAGGACAGCGAACAACUGUAGAAGGUGGAUCAACAAUUACUACGGAAAACACAGGAACAACAUCCCAACCUUCCGUGAGUACCAAGACUACAAAAGUACCAUCACAAACCACAUCUGGAGCUACCACUCGACCUGGACAAACCACUACAGAUCAGCGAACAACUGUAGAAGGUGGAUCAACAAUUACUACGGAAAACACAGGAACAACAUCCCAACCUUCCGUGAGUACCAAGACUACAAACGUACCAUCACCAACCACAUCUGGAGCUACCACUCGACCUGGCACUACAGGACAGCGAACAACUGUAGAAGGUGGAUCAACAAUUACUACGGAAAACACAGGAACAACAUCCCAACCUUCCGUGAGUACCAAGACUACAAACGUACCAUCACCAACCACAUCUGGAGCUACCACUCGACCUGGAGAAACCACGACAGGACAGCGAACAACUGUAGAAGGUGGGACAACACCACCUGGAUUCACCACUGGGCCAACAACCACUUCUACAACAGUACCUGGCCAGACUACAACCUCUGCACCAGGUGGAUCAACAACUACUACGGAAAACACAGGAACAACAUCCCAACCUUCCGUGAGUACCAAGACUACGAACGUACCAUCACCACCCACAUCUGGAGCUACCACUCGACCUGGCACUACAGGACAGCGAACAACUGUAGAAGGUGGAUCAACAACUACUACGGAAAACACAGGAACAACAUCCAAACCUUCCGUGAGUACCAAGACUACAAAAGUACCAUCACCAACCACAUCUGGACCGACCACUCGACCUGGAGAAACCACUACAGGAAAGCUAACAACUGUAGAAGGUGGAUCAACAACUACUACGGAAAACACAGGAACAACAUCCAAACCUUCCGUGAGUACCAAGACUACAAAAGUACCAUCACCAACCACAUCUGGACCGACCACUCGACCUGGAGAAACCACUACAGGAAAGCUAACAACUGUAGAAGGUGGGACAACACCACCUGGAUUCACAACUGGGCCAACAACCACUUCUACAACAAUACCUGGCCAGACUACAACCUCUUCACCAGGUGGAUCAACAACUACUACGGAAAACACUGGAACAACAUUCCAACCCUCCUUGAGUACCAAGACUACAAACGUACCAUCACCAACCACAUCUGGAGCUACCACUCGACCUGGAGAAACCACGACAGGACAGCGAACAACUGUAGAAGGUGGGACAACACCACCUGGAUUCACAACUGGGCCAACAACCACUUCUACAACAGUACCUGGCCAGACUACAACCUCAGCACCAGGUGGAUCAACAACGACUACGGAAAACACAGGAGCAACAUCCCAACCUUCCGUGAGUACCAAGACUACAAACGUACCAUCACCAACCACAUCUGGAGCUACCACUCGACCUGGCACUACAGGACAGCGUACAACUGUAGAAGGUGGAUCAACAACUACUACAGAAAACACAGGAACAACAUCCAAACCUUCCGUGAGUACCAAGACUACAAAAGUACCAUCACCAACCACAUCUGGAGCGACCACUCGACCUGGAGAAACCACUACAGGACAGCGAACAACUGUAGAAGGUGGGACAACACCACCUGGAUUCACAACUGGGCCAACAACCACUUCUACAACAAUACCUGGCCAGACUACAACCUCUGCACCAGGUGGAUCAACAACUACUACGGAAAACACAGGAACAACAUCCCAACCUUCCGUGAGUACCAAGACUACGAACGUACCAUCACCACCCACAUCUGGAGCUACCACUCGACCUGGCACUACAGGACAGCGAACAACUGUAGAAGGUGGAUCAACAAUUACUACGGAAAACACAGGAACAACAUCCCAACCUUCCGUGAGUACCAAGACUACAAAAGUACCAUCACAAACCACAUCUGGAGCUACCACUCGACCUGGACAAACCACUACAGAUCAGCGAACAACUGUAGAAGGUGGAUCAACAACUACUAUGGAAAACACAGGAACAACAUCCAAACCUUCCGUGAGUACCAAGACUACAAAAGUACCAUCACCAACCACAUCUGGAGCGACCACUCGACCUGGAGAAACCACUACAGGACAGCGAACAACUGUAGAAGGUGGAUCAACAACAACCACGGAAAACACUGGAACAACAUCCCAACCCUCCAUGAGUACCAAGACUACAAAUGUACCAUCACCAACCACAUCUGGAGCGACCACUCGACCUGGAGAAACCACUACAGGACAGCGAACAACUGUAGAAGCACCAAGACUACAAACAUACCAUCACCAACCACAUCUGGAGCUACCACUCGACCUGGAGAAACCACGACAGGACAGCGAACAACUGUAGAAGGUGAGACAACACCACCUGGAUUCACCACUGGGCCAACAACCACUUCUACAACAAUACCUGGCCAGACUACAACCUCUGCACGAGGUGGAUCAACAACUACUACGGAAAACACUGGAACAACAUCCCAACCCUCUGUUAGCACCAAGACUACAAACGUACCAUCACCAACCACAUCUGGAGCUACCACUCGACCUGGCACUACAGGAAAGCUAACAACUGUAGAAGGUGAGACAACACCACUGGGAUUCACCACUGGGCUAACAACCACUUCUACAACAGUACCUGGCCAAACUACAACCUCUGCACCAGGUGGAUCAACAACUACUACCGAAAACACAGGAACAACAUCCAAACCUUCCGUGAGUACCAAGACUACAAAAGUACCAUCACAAACCACAUCUGGAGCUACCACUCGACCUGGACAAACCACUACAGAUCAGCGAACAACUGUAGAAGGUGAGACAACACCACCUGGAUUCACCACUGGGCUAACAACCACUUCUACAACAGUACCUGGCCAAACUACAACCUCUGCACCAGAUGGAUCAACAACAACCAUGGAAAACACUGGAACAACAUUCCAACCCUCCUUGAGUACCAAGACUACAAAAGUACCAUCACCAACCAUAUCUGGAGCUACCACUCGACCUGGACAAACCACAACAGGACAGCGAACAACUGUAAAAGGUGGGACAACACCACCUGGAUUCACAACUGGGCCAACAACCACUUCUACAACAAUACCUGGCCAGACUACAACCUCUACACCAGGUGGAUCAACAACUACUAUGGAAAACACAGGAACAACAUCCAAACCUUCCGUGAGUACCAAGACUACAAAAGUACCAUCACCAACCACAUCUGGAGCGACCACUCGACCUGGAGAAACCACGACAGGACAGCGAACAACUGUAAAAGGUGGGACAACACCACCAGGAUUCACCACUGGGCCAACAACCCCUUAUACAACAGUACCUGGCCAAACUACAACCUCUGCACCAGGUGGAUCAACAACUACUACAGAAAACACAGGAACAACAUCCAAACCUUCCGUGAGUACCAAGACUACAAAAGUACCAUCACCAACCACAUCUGGAGCGACCACUCGACCUGGAGAAACCACUACAGGACAGCGAACAACUGUAGAAGGUGAGACAACACCACCUGGAUUCACCACUGGGCCAACAACCACUUCUACAACAGUACCUGGCCAGACUACAACCUCUGCACCAGGUGGAUCAACAACAACCACGGAAAACACUGGAACAACAUCCCAAGCCUCUGUUAGCACCAAGACUACAAACGUACCAUCACCAACCACAUCUGGAGCUACCACUCGACCUGGAGAAACCACGACAGGACAGCGAACAACUGUAGAAGGUGGGACAACACCACCUGGAUUCACAACUGGGCCAACAACCACUUCUACAACAAUACCUGGCCAGACUACAACCUCUGCACCAGGUGGAUCAACAACUACUACGGAAAACACAGGAACAACAUCCCAACCUUCCGUGAGUACCAAGACUACGAACGUACCAUCACCACUCACAUCUGGAGCUACCACUCGACCUGGCACUACAGGACAGCGAACAACUGUAGAAGGUGAGACAACACCACCUGGAUUCACCACUGGGCCAACAACCACUUCUACAACAGUACCUGGCCAAACUACAACCUCUGCACCAGGUGGAUCAACAACUACUACGGAAAACACAGGAACAACAUCCAAACCUUCCGUGAGUACCAAGACUACAAAAGUACCAUCACCAACCACAUCUGGACCGACCACUCGACCUGGAGAAACCACUACAGGAAAGCUAACAACUGUAGAAGGUGGGACAACACCACCUGGAUUCACCACUGGGCCAACAACCACUUCUACAACAGUACCUGGCCAAACUACAACCUCUGCACCAGGUGGAUCAACAACAACCACGGAAAACACUGGAACAACAUCCCAAGCCUCUGUUAGCACCAAGACUACAAACGUACCAUCACCAACCACAUCUGGAGCUACCACUCGACCUGGAGAAACCACGACAGGACAGCGAACAACUGUAGAAGGUGGGACAACACCACCUGGAUUCACAACUGGGCCAACAACCACUUCUACAACAGUACCUGGCCAGACUACAACCUCAGCACCAGGUGGAUCAACAACAACCACGGAAAACACUGGAAUAACAUACCAACCCUCUGUUAGCACCAAGACUACAAACGUACCAUCACCAACCACAUCUGGAGCUACCACUCGACCUGGAGAAACCACGACAGGACAGCGAACAACUGUAGAAGGUGAGACAACACCACCUGGAUUCACCACUAGGCCAACAACCACUUCUACAGCAAUACCUGGCCAGACUACAACCUCUGCACGAGGUGGAUCAACAACUACUACGGAAAACACUGGAACAACAUCCCAACCCUCUGUUAGCACCAAGACUACAAACGUACCAUCACCAACCAAAUCUGGAGCUACCACUCGACCUGGCACUACAGGAAAGCUAACAACUGUAGAAGGUGAGACAACACCACCUGGAUUCACCACUGGGCUAACAACCACUUCUACAACAGUACCUGGCCAAACUACAACCUCUGCACCAGGUGGAUCAACAACAACCAAGGAAAACACUGGAACAACAUUCCAACCCUCCUUGAGUACCAAGACUACAAAAGUACCAUCACCAACCAUAUCUGGAGCUACCACUCGACCUGGACAAACCACAACAGGACAGCGAACAACUGUAAAAGGUGGGACAACACCACCGGGAUUCACCACUGGGCCAACAACCACUUCCACAACAGUACCUGGCCAGUCUUCAACCUCUGCACCAGGUGGAUCAACAACGACUACGGAAAACACAGGAGCAACAUCCCAACCUUCCGUGAGUACCAAGACUACAAACGUACCAUCACCAAACACAUCUGGAGCUACCACUCGACCUGGCACUACAGGACAGCGUACAACUGUAGAAGGUGAGACAACACCACCUGGAUUCACCACUGGGCCAACAACCCCUUAUACAACAGUACCUGGCCAAACUACAACCUCUGCACCAGGUGGAUCAACAACUACUACAGAAAACACAGGAACAACAUCCAAACCUUCCGUGAGUACCAAGACUACAAAAGUACCAUCACCAACCACAUCUGGAGCGACCACUCGACCUGGAGAAACCACUACAGAACAGCGAACAACUGUAGAAGGUGGGACAACACCACCUGGAUUCACAACUGGGCCAACAACCACUUCUACAACAAUACCUGGCCAGACUACAACCUCUGCACCAGGUGGAUCAACAACAACCACGGAAAACACUGGAACAACAUCCCAAGCCUCUGUUAGCACCAAGACUACAAACGUACCAUCACCACCCACAUCUGGAGCUACCACUCGACCUGGCACUACAGGACAGCGAACAACUGUAGAAGGUGAGACAACACCACCUGGAUUCACCACUGGGCCAACAACCACUUCUACAACAGUACCUGGCCAAACUACAACCUCUGCACCAGGUGGAUCAACAACUACUACGGAAAACACAGGAACAACAUCCAAACCUUCCGUGAGUACCAAGACUACAAAAGUACCAUCACCAACCACAUCUGGACCGACCACUCGACCUGGAGAAACCACUACAGGAAAGCUAACAACUGUAGAAGGUGAGACAAAACCACCGGGAUUCACCACUGGGCCAACAACCACUUCUACAACAGUACCUGGCCAAACUACAACCUCUGCACCAGGUGGAUCAACAACUACUACGGAAAACACAGGAACAACAUCCAAACCUUCCGUGAGUACCAAGACUACAAAAGUACCAUCACCAACCACAUCUGGACCGACCACUCGACCUGGAGAAACCACUACAGGAAAGCUAACAACUGUAGAAGGUGGGACAACACCACCUGGAUUCACAACUGGGCCAACAACCACUUCUACAACAAUACCUGGCCAGACUACAACCUCUUCACCAGGUGGAUCAACAACUACUACGGAAAACACUGGAACAACAUUCCAACCCUCCUUGAGUACCAAGACUACAAACGUACCAUCACCAACCACAUCUGGAGCUACCACUCGACCUGGAGAAACCACGACAGGACAGCGAACAACUGUAGAAGGUGGGACAACACCACCUGGAUUCACAACUGGGCCAACAACCACUUCUACAACAGUACCUGGCCAGACUACAACCUCAGCACCAGGUGGAUCAACAACAACCACGGAAAACACUGGAAUAACAUACCAACCCUCUGUUAGCACCAAGACUACAAACGUACCAUCACCAACCACAUCUGGAGCUACCACUCGACCUGGAGAAACCACGACAGGACAGCGAACAACUGUAGAAGGUGAGACAACACCACCUGGAUUCACCACGAGGCCAACAACCACUUCUACAGCAAUACCUGGCCAGACUACAACCUCUGCACGAGGUGGAUCAACAACUACUACGGAAAACACUGGAACAACAUCCCAACCCUCUGUUAGCACCAAGACUACAAACGUACCAUCACCAACCAAAUCUGGAGCUACCACUCGACCUGGCACUACAGGAAAGCUAACAACUGUAGAAGGUGAGACAACACCACCUGGAUUCACCACUGGGCUAACAACCACUUCUACAACAGUACCUGGCCAAACUACAACCUCUGCACCAGGUGGAUCAACAACAACCAAGGAAAACACUGGAACAACAUUCCAACCCUCCUUGAGUACCAAGACUACAAAAGUACCAUCACCAACCAUAUCUGGAGCUACCACUCGACCUGGACAAACCACAACAGGACAGCGAACAACUGUAAAAGGUGGGACAACACCACCGGGAUUCACCACUGGGCCAACAACCACUUCCACAACAGUACCUGGCCAGUCUUCAACCUCUGCACCAGGUGGAUCAACAACGACUACGGAAAACACAGGAGCAACAUCCCAACCUUCCGUGAGUACCAAGACUACAAACGUACCAUCACCAACCACAUCUGGAGCUACCACUCGACCUGGCACUACAGGACAGCGUACAACUGUAGAAGGUGAGACAACACCACCUGGAUUCACCACUGGGCCAACAACCCCUUAUACAACAGUACCUGGCCAAACUACAACCUCUGCACCAGGUGGAUCAACAACUACUACAGAAAACACAGGAACAACAUCCAAACCUUCCGUGAGUACCAAGACUACAAAAGUACCAUCACCAACCACAUCUGGAGCGACCACUCGACCUGGAGAAACCACGACAGGACAGCGAACAACUGUAGAAGGUGAGACAACACCACCGGGAUUCACCACUGGGCCAACAACCACUUCCACAACAGUACCUGGCCAGUCUUCAACCUCUGCACCAGGUGGAUCAACAACGACUACGGAAAACACAGGAGCAACAUCCCAACCUUCCGUGAGUACCAAGACUACAAACGUACCAUCACCAACCACAUCUGGAGCUACCACUCGACCUGGCACUACAGGACAGCGUACAACUGUAGAAGGUGAGACAACACCACCUGGAUUCACCACUGGGCCAACAACCCCUUAUACAACAGUACCUGGCCAAACUACAACCUCUGCACCAGGUGGAUCAACAACUACUACCGAAAACACAGGAACAACAUCCAAACCUUCCGUGAGUACCAAGACUACAAAAGUACCAUCACAAACCACAUCUGGAGCUACCACUCGACCUGGACAAACCACUACAGAUCAGCGAACAACUGUAGAAGGUGAGACAACACCACCUGGAUUCACCACUGGGCUAACAACCACUUCUACAACAGUACCUGGCCAAACUACAACCUCUGCACCAGAUGGAUCAACAACAACCAUGGAAAACACUGGAACAACAUCCCAAGCCUCUGUUAGCACCAAGACUACAAAAGUACCAUCACCAACCACAUCUGGAGCUACCACUCGACCUGGAGAAACCACGACAGGACAGCGAACAACUGUAAAAGGUGGGACAACACCACCAGGAUUCACCACUGGGCCAACAACCACUUCUACAACAGUACCUGGCCAGACUACAACCUCUGCACCAGGUGGAUCAACAACAACCACGGAAAACACUGGAACAACAUCCCAAGCCUCUGUUAGCACCAAGACAACAAAAGUACCAUCACCAACCACAUCUGGAGCUACCACUCGACCUGAAAAAACCACGACAGGACAGCGAACAACUGUAGAAGGUGGGACAACACCACCUGGAUUCACCACUGGGCCAACAACCAAUUCUACAACAAUACCUGGGCAGACUACAACCUCUUCACCUGGUGGAUCAACAAUUACUAUGGAAAACACUGGAACAACAUCCCAACCCUCCUUGAGUACCAAGACUACAAAAGUACCAUCACCAACCACAUGUGGAGCUACCACUCGACCUGGAGAAACCACGACAGGACAGCGAACAACUGUAAAAGGUGGGACAACACCACCGGGAUUCACCACUGGGCCAACAACCACUUCCACAACAGUACCUGGCCAGUCUACAACCUCUGCACCAGGUGGAUCAACAACUACUACGGAAAAAACUGGAACAACAUCCCAAUCUUCUGUUAGCACCAAGACUACAAAAGUACCAUCACAAACCACAUCUGGAGCGACCACUCGACCUGGAGAAACCACUACAGAUCAGCGAACAACUGUAGAAGGUGAGACAACACCACCUGGAUUCACCACUGGGCCAACAACCACUUCUACAACAGUACCUGGCCAGACUACAACCUCUGCACCAGGUGGAUCAACAACUACUACAGAAAACACUGGAACAACAUCCAAAAACUUUUUGAGCACCACAACUACCAAAGUACUGUCAACUGCUGAAGGGGUUGUCACUGAAAGACAAACAACAGUUGUGAUUACACAACCUUCAAUUUUGACCACCACUGUUUUGAGUCCAACAAGUGUUUCGGGAACUACAAUUAUCAGGCCAAUAACACAAACACUUCCUGGUAGUUCAACUGUGUACACAAGCAGUUCAGUUAAUUCUACCACAGUUUCUCCUUUUUCACCAUCAUCCACCACAUUGUGUUCUUGCUUUUUCAAUGGAACUUCAUACAGUCCUGGUGACAUGGUGUACAAUGUGACAGAUGGUUUAGGUUGGUGUUUUGUUGCAUACUGCAACUCAACCUGUAAAAUUGACACCCAUUACAAUUCGUGUUCAACAACGGUACCCAGCACGACCGCACCGUCUACCACUUCAGAGUCCAGGACCACUACGACAGCAUCAAUUUCAACAACAUCCAUAUUCCCACCCACAACCACCUUGGACUGCACUAAUGUGUUUCCAUCAAGAAAGAAUGGAGAGUCCUGGAAAGUCAACAACUGCACCAUCGCUACGUGCAGCAAUGGCGUGGUCACCGAGACACCAACAGUCUGUCCCAAGUCCCAAGAACUCAUCUGUGCCAAUGGACGUAAAGCCAUCAAGGUCUAUGAUUCCAAAGGAUGCUGCUUCCAUUAUGAAUGUCAAUGCGUGUGCAGCAUGUGGGGCGGCUCCCACUACAUGACGUUUGACGGGAAGUCAUUCGUUUUCCACGAGAACUGCUCUUACUACCUGGUGAAAGAGAUCAUCGGCAAACAUGAGCUGACGGCGGCGGUAAACAAGCACCACUGCGAUCCCUCAGACGACACGUUUUGUCCUCACGCUCUGAACAUCACGUAUAAAUCCUCACACGUACUUCUGACUCAGAGGAGGACUUUGGGAAAUGUCCACAAUGUGGUUUAUGUGAACCACAAACGCAUCUACCCCGCUUGGAGCAACUCAGUGCUGCGCAUCACCAGCACCGAUUUGGUGAUUACACUGGAGAUAGCAGAGAUCCUGAGCCAGGUGGUCUACAGGGGCUCAUCUUUUACCAUCCACCUGCCCAACUCCCUGUUUGCUGGCAACACCGAGGGACAGUGUGGAACGUGCGACAACUCCCAGGCCAACGACUGCCGCUCGCCCAACGGUCAGGUGGAGAGCUGCUCAGACUCUGCGGACCGCUGGCUUGUCCAGGGAACAUCGUGUGUCACCCCCACCAGCUUGCCAGUUAUCACUGCAACAACCACGUUCACGCCGUCGCCCUCGCCCACACAGGCUGCUUGCAAACCCGCCAUCUGCGGCCUGAUCACCAGCAGCGUGUUUGCACCGUGCCACGCGGUCGUACCUCCUGGACCUUUUGUGGCAUCAUGUGUGUCUGAUAUCUGCAACAAGGCCAACGACUCCUGCUCCAGUUUGGAGGCGUACGCCACCCAGUGCUCCACUGAAGGAGUGUGUGUGGACUGGAGGAGCCACACGGACGGCCGGUGUGAAGUCACGUGUCCACACGAGCAAGUCUUCGUGGCCUGUGGCCCCCUUGUGGAACCAACAUGCAACGACAGGUACAACAAGCGCUACAAAGCUCUGUCAGCUGAGACAUUCAGCAGGACCGAGGAGGGCUGCUUCUGUCCUCACGGCACCAUCCUGUUCAACAGCGUCCAUGACACUUGUGUCACUUCCUGUGACUGUGUCGGACCUGACGGCAAACCCAAACAGCCUGGUGACAGGUGGACGAGCGACUGCAACACAUGUCGGUGCGACGUCGACUCCAUGAGCAUCCAAUGCGAGCCUGUCCGGUGUCCGCCCACUCAGAACCAGUCGUGCAGCGAGGCCGGCCAACAGCUCGCGGACAAGACGGACGGCUGCUGCACCACUCAGUCAUGUGAAUGUCAUAGCAACUUGUGCCCCCCGCCUCUGACCUGCUCGCCAGGCUUCAAGGUCAAAGUCACCAACGGCACCUGCUGCCUGUCCUACACCUGUGAGCCUAAAGGUGUAUGCGUGUAUGACAUGACGGAGUACGAGCCUGGCAGCAAAAUAGCCACGCCACAAGUCCCAUCAGAGCUUUCAACAGCGCCUCCAUCAGGACCGGCAGGAGCUGCACCCGAACCUCUUGGAGUGGGGCCAUGCCGGGACUGCUACUGUGGCCACGACGCCGACCCCCUCACCGGACUGAACACCAUCACGUGCGCGCCCGUCGUCUGCCGCACAAACUGCUCCGAGGGCUUCGAGUACCGGCCCCCGUUGUCCCGGUGUUGUGGCACAUGUGUGCAGACCAGCUGCCUUGUCACCAUGCCUGACAACACAACACACGUCAUCGCGGUCAACAGCACGUUUGCGCCACCUGGCAACUCGUGCACCAAGUUCACCUGUGAGAGCAUCAAUGGCCAGCUGGUUACCAAGGAGACCAAGACCACCUGCCCCCCCUUCAACCCGCUGGACUGUGAGCCUGGUACGGAGACGACAGACGACGACGGCUGCUGCCGACGCUGUCAGCAGCGCGGCCUCUGUGAGGUCCGAACGCAAGCGAGCGUGGUGGAGGUGGCCGGCUGUCGCAGCAGCGCUCCCAUCAACGUGACGUCCUGCGUGGGCCGCUGCGGGAGCUCAUCCACGUACUCCCUGGUCGCCAGUGCCAUGAUGUACCAGUGUGAGUGUUGCCGCGAGGGCGUCACCAGUCGGCAGCAGCUGGAGCUGACGUGUCCCGACGGCUCCAAGGUGCGGCACAGCACCACCGUGGUGGAGACGUGCCACUGCAGCAAGGCCGCUUGCGUGUCCACCAGCACUGGCAAACCAAGGAGGCGCCGCUGAGCAACUGUUUCCUCCUCUUCAAUGACUGAAGCUUUCUUACAGCUUGGAACAAGAAAACCAAACAUUUCUGCAACACCAGCCUUUGCUUUAAGUGUGACAUCAUUAUUCUUGCAAAUCGUGCAAUAACAUAUGGGGAAAUGUCGUAUGGGAGGCGCUUGCAGUACUUGCUUCGUCCUGAAGGGGUGGGGACACAAACGUUUUUCAGUUCAUAACAAAUUAAAUAAAUGUGACUAAGACGUUUUUGAAAAAAUUCUUCAA